AUAAAACCCGUCUUAUUUUGUGUAGUGCUAUAAUAAAAUGAGGGUGACACAAUCAAAUGAUCCUGUUCAGCUAAAAAGAGUACUGGGUCUGUUCUCUGCGGUAAAUUUCAUUAUUUCAGUAACUAUUGGAUCAGGUAUAUUCAUCUCACCUACAUCUGUUCUAAAAUACUCCAAAUCGGUUGGGAUGUGCGUUCUUGUAUGGAGUUUGAGUGGUGUUAUCUCUUUACUAGGUGCGUUAACUUACGCCGAACUUAGCACCUUAGUUCCAAGAUCUGGUUCGGACUACGUGUAUUUUAUGAGUACGUUUAAUAAAUAUCAUAGAUUUUGGGCCAAAUUGCCAUCGUUUCUGUAUUCAAUGGUGAUGAUCAUGGUCAUAAGGCCAGCUUCCAUAGCCGUAGUUCUACUAACGUUUUCGCAUUACAUCAGCGAUCCAAUACUAGACGCAUAUUGUAUAACGGAUCUUGAUGUUAUUGAAAAGGUUAAGAUAACUCUGGCCAUUUCUGGAUUAGGGCUUUUGACAUACAUUAACACCGCCAGUGUAAAAUUGUACGUUUUAAUACAGAAUAUUUUUGGCUGUUUCAAAGUGAUUGCAUGCCUAAUAGUAGUAGGUGGAGGAAUCUACGAAAUUGCAAUGGGUAAUGCGGAAAAUUUACAAAAAGGUUUUGAAGGGACGACGUCAUCGCCGAAAGAUGUCGCUCUUGCCUUUUACAGCGGACUUUGGGCUUUCGAAGGAUGGUCUAUGGUGACAUCCAUAACAGAGGAAAUAAAAAAUCCUGAAGUAAAUAUCCUAAGAAGUAUACUCAUAGCUGUUCCACUUGUAACUAUUUUGUAUGUAUUUAUGAACAUAUCGUACAUGACAGUACUAACAAUAGAAGAACUGAUAAAUUCAUCGGCGGUAGCAGUAGCAUUUGGGCAGUCAGUUUUAGGAAAAUUUGCUGUUGUGAUACCAUUGAGUGUCGCUUUCAGCACAUUUAGUUGCUCUCUAAGUCUACAAUUUGGAAUUACAAGGCUGUGUUAUGUCUCUGGACAAGAUGGUUUAAUGUUGAAGAGUCUAUCGUACGUACAUUAUAAAAAAAUGACCCCUGGUCCCGCAGUUGUGCUUCAAGGGAUCAUUACAUUUUUGUUUAUAUUAACCAAGGAUGUAACCGAGUUGAUUCAAUUUGUUGGCUUCAUGAAGAUGAUAUUUUACUCGCUUUCAAUGGUGUCACUGUUAAUAUUAAAGAAAAGGAUGAAAGACGCCCCAAGACUUUAUAAGGUUCCAUUUCUGUUGCCAAUAUUUAUGCUUUUCAUUUUUAUGUUCCUAUUUUUCACUCCGAUAGUAAUAGAUCCAACUGCAAAGCAUCUAAUUGCUCUAGGCAUUGUAGGGUUUGGCAUAAUUUUUUAUUAUGUGUUUAUUUACAAGGAUUUGCAGCCCGAUCUAUUUUUGAGUGGUUUAAAUAGCUACAUACAAAUUUUAUUUGAAGCAAUACCGUCUCGAAGCAUACAAGAAGUAGGAGAUGAAGAAGUCGUUAAUAGGCCGUAACAAACAAUUAAAUAUUUUAUUAUUAAUUAAUGUAUUGAUUAAUUAAGUAAUAAUUUCCAUGAAAUUUAAGUGCAGGGAGACAAUAAUUUAUUUUUAUUUUUUUAAUUUCUACAUAAAGUCUCAAAGUUUAGCAAACCAGUUCAGCAAGCGGUGUCUUUUUUUACUGUAUUCUCUUAUGCAAAAAAAAUUAAAAAUAAAGAACAUAUUUAAAUCUA